UAUGAGUAAUAAACAAAAUAUUAAUGAAAUGAUUUAUUAUGCAUUGAGAAAAUACGCCAUUAAUUCGGAUCAUUUGAAUUUAAACAAUAAUUCUCUUGACUUGAUAUCCGACGGAAAUCAAUUUUGGAUUACUCCUGAAAUGAUGAGCGAUGCUAUACUAGAUUUUUACCCUAUAAAUAUUCGAAAACUAGCUAAUAAGUUGAAUAAGAAACUUGAAGAACUAGUUCAGGACGGAACACUAAAUCGUCAUCCUCAUCAACAAAGUUACUGUUUUGCUGAUCCAGAUUUGAAUUGUGGAAUAACUUGGAGAAAUUUGGAAAACGAGCUCGAAAUAAUUUAA